CCCGACUCCCAGUCGCUCCGGUUGCUCCUCGCCCCGCCCCGUCAUUGUCCCCAUCCGCGUCUUUUCCCUUCCGUCCCCAAAGCUUUGAGAGCUGCUGGCUUCUCCUGGUGCUCCAAGUCUCUCCACCUUCGGUGGGUCAGACGAGCAGGAUGGAGGGCUGCCUGGGGGAGGAAUCUUUUCAGAUGUGGGAGCUCAACCGGCGCCUGGAGGCCUACCUGGCCCGGGUCAAGGCGCUAGAAGAGCAGAAUGAGCUGCUCAGCGCGGAGCUCGGGGGUCUCCGGGCACAGGCCGGAGACACCUCCUGGAGGGCUCGUGCCGACGACGAGCUGGCGGCCCUACGGGCCCUCGUCGACCAGCGCUGGCGGGAGAAGCACGCGGCCGAGGUGGCGCGCGACAACCUGGCAGAAGAGGUGGAGGGCGUGGCGAGUCGGUGCCAGCAGCUGCGGCUGGCCCGGGAGCGGACCGCGGAGGAGGUGGCCCGCAGCCGGCGUGCGGUCGAGGCCGAGAAAUGCGCCCAGGCCUGGCUGAGCACCCAGGCUGCGGAGCUGGAGCGCGAGCUGGAGGCUCUGCGAGUGGCGCACGAGGAGGAGCGCGCCGGCCUGAACGCGCAGGCUGCCUGCGCCCCCCGCGGCCCCGCUCCGCCCCGGGGUCCCCCCGCGCCGGCCCCCGAGGUGGAGGAGCUGGCUCAGCGGCUGGGCGAGGCGUGGCGUGGGGCAGUGCGCGGCUACCAGGAACGCGUGGCGCACAUGGAGACGUCGCUGGGCCAGGCCCGCGAGCGGCUGGGCCACGCGAUGCAGGGCGCCCGCGAGGGUCGCCUGGAGCUGCAGCAACUCCAGGCAGAGCGCAGCGGCCUUCAGGAGCGCAGGGCCGCGCUGGAGCAGAGGCUGGAGGGCCGCUGGCAGGAGCGGCUGCGGACCACUGAGCAGUUCCAGCUGGCCGUGGAGGCCCUGGAGCAGGAGAAACAAGGCCUCCAGAGCCAAAUCGCCCAGGUCCUGGAAGGUCGGCAGCAGCUGGCACACCUCAAGAUGUCCCUCAGCCUGGAGGUGGCCACAUACAGGACCCUCCUAGAGGCUGAGAACUCACGGCUGCAGACACCUGCAAGCGGAUCCAAGGCUUCCCUCAGCUUUCUGGACCCUAAGCUGGAGCUACAUUUCCCUGGGACCCCAGAGGGCCGGCGUCCGGGACCUCUGCUUUCUGUCCUGAGCCCUACUCCCCUCUCCUCACCUUUGCCUGGUACCCUUGAAACACCUGUGCCAACCUUUCUGAAGAGCCAGGAAUUCCUUCAGGCCCGCACCCCGACCUCAGCCAGCACCCCCAUCCCACCCACCCCUCAGGCUCCCUGCCCUGCUGUAGAUGCCGAGAUCAGAGCCCAGGAUGCCCCUGUGUCCCUGCCCCAACCACGAGUUGGGAGGCAACAGGUGCCAGAAGUCAUGUGGGCUGAAGCCAAGGUGGCCAUCCCUGCCAGCGUCCUGCCGGGACCAGAGGAGCCUGGGGGCCAGCAACAAGAGCCCAGUCCAAGCCAGUCCCCUGAAGAUCAUGCCUCCCUGGCUCCAGCCCUCAGCCCUGACCACUCCAGUCUAGAGGCCAAAGAUGGAGAACCCAGUGCAUCUAGAGAGUCCAGCAGAUCCCAGGAGGAAGAUGAAGGCCAACUCUGGGGGCUGGCAGAGAAAGAAACAGUGGUUGAGGCCAAAGCAGUGAGCAGCUUGCAGCAGGAAACGUGUCAAGAAGAGGCGGGUCUGGAUGUGAAAGAAAUCCAAGACGCCCAAGGCCCUUUGGAAAAAGAAGCUCUGAACUCUCUGGAAGAAGAGAUUCAAAAGCCAUCGAUUCCACUGGAAAAACAGAGCCAUGAGACUAUACGAUCUCUAGAGAAGGAAAAUCUGGAAUCUCUGAGGUCUUUGGAAGAAGAAAACUUAGAAACACUAAAAAUACUAGAAAAGGAGAAUCAAGAAUUAUUGAAGUCUUUAGAAGGAAAGGAGACGGAGGUAAUGAGAUCUCUAGAAAAAGAAACUCUAGAACUACUUAAGCCUAUAGGAAAAGAGGAUCCACAGACAUUGCCAUCUCUAGGAAAGGAGAAUCAAGAAAUAAUGAGGUCUCUUGAAGUUAAUGUAGAGACAUUCUUAUAUCCAGGAAAGGAAAAUCAAGAAUUAGUGAGGUCUUUAGAAGAGGAGAACACUGAGUUAUUGAGAACUCUAGAAAAGGAGAGUCAAGAGCCACUGAGAUGUCAAGAAGUAGAGAACCAGGGAACACUGAGACUCCUAGCCAAAGAUAAUCAGGAGCCACUGAGGUCUCUAGAAGAAGAAGACCAGGAGACGUCAAGACCGCUAGGGGAAGAGAAUCACGAAUCCCUGCGGGCUCCAGAAGAUGAGAAUCAUGAGGCUUUGAGACCUCUAGAAAGAGACAAACCAGAGUCCCUGAGUUCUUUAGAAGAAGACCAGGAUGCAAUGAGACCUCCAGAAAGAGAAGACCAGGAGCUGCUGAGGUCUCUAGAAAAAGAAGACCAGGAGCCACUGAGGUCUCUAGAAGAAGACCAGGAGGCAGUGAGACCUCUAGAAGAAGAAAACCAGGAGCCACUGAGGUCUCUAGAAAAAGAAAAAGAGGAGUCACUGAGGUCUCUAGAAGACCAGGAGGCAGUGAGACCUCUAGAAGAAGAAAACCAGGAGCCACUGAGGUCUCUAGAAAAAGAAAAAGAGGAGUCACUGAGGUCUCUAGAAGACCAGGAGGCAGUGAGACCUCUAGAAGAAGAAAACCAGGAGCCGCUGAGGUCUCUAGAAAAAGAAAAACAGGAGGCGAUGACACCUCCAGAAGAAGAAAAACAGGAGCCGCUGAUGUCUCUAGAAGAAGACCAGGAGGAAAUGAGAGCUCUAGAAGAAGACCAGGAGACAGUGAGACCUCUAGAAAAAGAAAAACAGGAGUCACUAAGGUCUCUAGAAGACCAGGAGGCAAUGAGACCUCCAGAAGAAGAAAACCAGGAGCCGCUGAGGUCUCUAGAAAAAGAAAAACAGGAGGUGAUAAGACCUCCAGAAGAAGAAAAACAGGAAUUACUGAGAUCUCUAGAAGACCAGGAGGCAAUGAGAUCUCUAGAAGAAGAAGGCCAGAUGACAUUGAGCCCUCUAGAAAAAGUGAAACCAGAGACACUAAAGUCUCUUGGAAAAGAUCAGGAGAUAGUUAGACCUCUUGAAAAAGAGAAUCAAGAGUUAUUAAGGUCCCUAAAUGAAGAGAGUACAGAGGCAGUGAGGUCUUUAGAAACAGAGACUCCAGAACCACUAAAGCCUACAGAAGAGGAAAACCUGGAAAUACUGAAACCUCUAGAAAAGGAAAGUCAAGAGACACUGGGGUCUGUGGAAGGGAACCACGAGACACUGAGACCCCCAGAGAAGGAGAAUCAAGAGUCACUGGGCUCUCUGGCAGAGUGGAACGUGGAGAAUUUGCAGUCUCUUGAGGAGGCCGACAAGGGAAGUCUAAGGCACUUGGAAGAGGAAGAGGACGUGGAGCAGGAAGAGAGUCAGGCGUCACUGAGGCCCCUGGAGGAGCAGGGGCAGGAGCUGCCACUCUCUGCACAGCAGCAGAAGUGGGGAGAUGCAAUGCAGGGGCACCAAGAACUGGAUCAGGAGCGGCCCCCGGGGAGGGCUGGAGUGGACAGUGGGGAUGGGGCAGAGCUGGAACUGAAAGAACUGGAUAGCUCCCCUGCGGAGGGGGAGGUGGUGGAGCAGGGGCAGCUGCAGCUGACAGCCACAGGUGAGGCCUGGGCCCCAGGUGAGGGGCAGCCAGGCAGCCCUGAGCCCAAAGAGCAGAGGCUCCCAGCUGAGGGCGCCGGAGGGGCAGAAGGCGCUGCGGGCCUCCAGGACCCUGAGGAGCAGCCAGAGAAGGUGGGGGCCCUGGGCCUCCCGGCUGCCCAGGGAAUGUCAGAGGUGAUGGAGCCCGAGUUGGAAGAUGAGGAUGUGGCCCCAGGGGGUGGCCGAGCCUCCCCAGAGGUCACCUUGGAGUUAGAGAGGGCCAUGGGCAGGUCUGAGGGAGUGGAACGGGGACCCGAGCAGGAGGCAGUAAAGCUGGAGGACCCAGGUGGCCUGGCCAGAGAGGAGGUGAUGGAGCCGCCCCUGGGGGAGGAAGGUGUGGCAGCAAAGAAGGUACAGGGCUUGGAAGGGCCCAGAAAGGAGCUGGAGGAGGCAGGCACUCUGGAGCCUGAGGUCUCCACAUUGUCCGUGAAGAGCAGAGACCCGCUGGAGACUCCUAGGGACUGGGAGGAGUCAGAAUCUGGGGCCCUUGGGAAAACAGAGGAGCCAGUCUCAGCUGAGACCUUGUGGUCUCACGGGGGAAGUGAUACCCUCCAGCCCAGGCCCCUGGGGUCAGAGGGAGCUGAGGAGGAUGCCAAACCGCUGCUGGGGCCCCCUGGUCUGAGGCCCACUGAGUCCUGCUCGCCCAGCCUAAUCCCUGAAGAUGCCUCUGGGCCCCAGCCCCUGGCUGAGGGGAACCAAGAAGCCAGCUGGGGGCUGGAGGGCAGGGCUGAGGUCCUGGGAAAGGCAGACGGUGAGCAGGAGGAUCUGGGCUCUGGGGGGAUCCCUGAGGGCCUCCAGGAGGAAGGGGAGGAGAGCAGAGAAGAGAGCGAGGCGGAUGAGCUAGGGGAGACCCUUCCUGACUCCACUCCCCUAGGCCUCUACCUCAGGUCCCCCGCUUCCCCCAAGUGGGACCUACCUGGAGAGCAGAGGCCCUCCCCUCAAGGGGAGCCCGGAAAGGAAGGCUGGGGUCCUGUGGUCCCAGCCUCCAAGAGCCUUGGGGCCCAGCCCUCAGAGGAGGAAGAAGAGGAGGGAGCUGAGGAGAAGGAACGUGGCCAUGACUCUGAGCUGUCGGAAGAGUUUGAGGACCUGGGGACUGAGGCUUCUCUCCUUCCCGGGGUUCCCGGGGAGGGGGAAGAACCUCUGAACCAAGUGCCCCAGCUGCUCCUGGAGCCUGCAGCCUGGGAUCGUGAUGGUGAAUCUGAUGGAUUUGCAGAUGAGGAAGAGAGCGGGGAGGAGGGAGAGGAAGAAGAUGAAGAAGAGGGGAGGGAGCCAGGGCCAGGGCGCUGGGGGUCAGCGCCCUCUGUGGGCAGCCUCCCCGCCCUGAGUGGCCCUCAGGGAGGUCACCUUCUGGGGUCUGAGACCGUGGGUGUCAGUGUCCCCUGGGACGAUGGCCCAAGGGGCGCGGCAGCUGACGCCCCCGUGACUGCCCUGGAGACUGAGUCCCAGAACAGCACUGAAGCCUCAGGCUCAGAGGAAGAGUCUGAUGCUGCUCCCCUGGAGACAGAGGACCAGGUCCCUGGCCCUCUGGGGACCCUCAGCGGGGUGGAGGACACCCUUGAUGGUGGUGGCCCAGGCCCCAGCCUGAAGGAAGAGCUGGAGCACGUGAAUGGGGGCGUGGUGAACGGGCUGGAGCAGUCCGAGGAGGGAGGCCAGGGGAAACCGGGGGCUGCUGGGGGGAACCGAGGGAGCCCCUCAGAGGAGGAGGGGGCUUCCCUGAAGGCCCCAUGGGCAGGGGCUCCUCUUCACCUGGGCCAAGGCCAGUUCCUGAAGUUCAGUCAGAGAGAAGGUGAUGGAGACUCCUGGUCCUCAGGGGAGGACUAGAGAGAGCUCUCCUACACGGAGGCAUUGGGAGGAGGGGCGUCCCCAACCCCCUCCCUGCUCGGGGCAGCACCCUUAACCUGCACUCUCUUGACCUGUGGUUUCUAUCCCAGAGGCCCGGCUGGCCAAGGGGAAACGGGUGUGGCAAAGGGGCCCGGUCCAAGCGUGGAAUAGCUUGGGAAUAGCUGCCAGCCCCCUGGCCUCUGCAUAGCGGGGACAGCCUGCCUGCACUGUCCUGUGGGGCUGAAGCCAACUGAACCUGUAGGACUAGCCCCUCCUUUCCACCGCAGCUCCUAUCCUCCCAUCCCAUUAGCUGGAAAAGGCCAGGGCUCAGCGGCCCCUCCAAAGGGAGGGGCUGUGGUGGUCCAUGUGCCAGGGCUUACCAGCUCUGCCCUUCCUCCCUGCACCCUCAUGAGAUGGUUGGCCAGUGGCUAAUGAGGGUGGGGGGUGCUCCUGUGUCCUGACCCCCCCAUAGACCUGCCAUGUGGUGGCCCCGUCUGGCUCAUCCCUGCCUGAAUAAAGUAAUGCCUCCGCCUACAAA